AUGGGUGCUUUCAUUACAACUCUGCUACUACUAUGCGGUUCGAUAUGUGCUGCAAUGGGUAAACAUUAUGAGCUUGAUAUUCUAGAAGUUGAAUGGAAUACAACCACACCCGAUCUAAUAGACGCACGUUUAAAACCAGUGCAGCCAUCUCGUGGUAUUUAUGGUGUAAGCGGUUAUAUUGAUUUUAAGGAGGAUGUUAACAUGGAUGACACUACAGCCGAGGUCAAAGUGUACUACAGCAGCACUGGAAUGAAUUAUCAAUUGUCACCCUUCAGAGUUCCGGAACAAAGCUUCACCUCAGGCAUGAAUACCGCCUAUAAAAAUUAUCUUAUGGAAGGUUUGGCUGAAUGCUGUGAAGACUCGCCUCAAGCUGAGACAUUUACAUCGCCGCUUACAAAACGUAAAAUGAUAUGUGAAAAUUGUCUAUUUCCGAGUGAUAAUUUCCCACCAACAUUGCGUUUAGGCUUUUAUCGACUCAUUAUAUUAUUGUAUAAUGAUUUGGAUUUUACUUUGUCAAUAUUGUUGAAAGUAGAUUUGGCCUGA